AUGUGUUGGUUUAUAAAGAUGUCACAAUGUAAUGAUAUAUUAUCAGAAUAUGCAAAAAGCAAUAAAUGGUUCUUCUGUAGUGGUGGUACUACUGAAAAGUAUGAGAAAGUUUGUCGUGUGGAACGUGGAUGCAGCUGUACGAUAUUUAUAAGUGAACCGAAAUGUUGCUGUGUUGGGCAAUCGGUUAGUGAAAUACCGGGAAAUUUAACCGAUAAUGUUCGCCGUCUAUUACUCUAUAAUGUAGGAAUUAGUCAUAUUCGUGAAAAUGCUUUCAGUAGGUAUCAACAUCUGGAGGAAAUUGUUAUCGAAGAUUCGGAUGCAUUACAAUCAAUUAACGCUGAUGCAUUUGGCAAUCUAUAUAAUCUUGGCAAACUGUUAGUUCAGAUCUGUCAGUGGAUGUAA